AUGCGCCGUGUUUUGUUUGUGGCCGAGUCGUUUGGCGUCGCGAAGACGUUGGGCAAAAUGCUUUCCAAAGGCCAUUUAAGACAUUCCGUGACCCCACCAUACAGCCAGUUCUCUAUGAAUUUCCAGGGCAAACCGACGCAGGUGUCGCUCACUUACAUCGGCGGACAUCUGAUGAAAUGGGAUUUCUCUCGCGAGUUGAACAACUACUGGCGCAUGGACAAGCUGAAGCGGCUAUUCGACGCACCGUUACGAUGUGUCUUACAUCCUGCAAAGCAGAAGAUGAUUGAUGGCUUGAAGGAACACGCGAAAAACGCGUCGACGCUGGUGAUUUGGACGGAUUGCGAUCGUGAAGGCGAGCGUAUUGGGGAUGAGAUCAAGAUCAUCUGCCGCCAGGGCAACCCAAAUAUCGAGGUCUAUAGAGCUAGAUUUUCCGAAAUAACAGAAAGCAGCAUCCAGUCAGCUCUGGACAAUCCAGGUCAACUCGACAAUAAUAUAGUCGAAGCCGUCAAUUGCCGUGCCCAACUCGAUUUACGAGUCGGCAGCGCAUUCACUUGUCUUCAAACUUUAUUCUUUCGCCAAAAUUAUCCCGACACUUUUCCUCGAGACACCCCGACCCAGCUAGUCUCAUACGGCCCGUGUCAAUUCCCGACGCUUGGCUUUGUUGUGGAGAGGGAGAAGGCCAUUCAACAGUUCGUUGCCAAGCCAUUUUGGAAGCUCCAGAUUGACCAUGUCAAGGAUGGUGUUAAGACGACAUUUGCCCGCGACGGAGGAGACGAAUUCGAUCCGGAGAAAGCCCGGAAGAGGUACGAAAAGCUACACGGGGAUUGCCAGGCCACCGUCGAAGUCUGCACAUUCCCUGUCGAAAAACCACGACCGCUCGCCCUCUCGACGGUGGAAUUCCUGAAGCUAACCAUCAACAAUCUUCAAAUGAGCGCCAGCGAAGCCAUGGAGUCGGCACAGCGGCUGUAUGCCGCAGGCUUCAUCUCGUACCCUAGGACUGAAACGGACGGUUUCCCCGAUCGCGUUGCAACAAGCCUCAGCCUCAACUACUACACGUAUUCCCUUAGCGAGCUUGACGCCGCGUGGGGCGAGUUUGCCGCAAAGAUGCUGGAGAACGGAGGAGCGGAUCCCAGAAACGGCGACAAGACCGACAACGCGCAUUGGCCGAUUCAUCCGCUCAGAUCCGCUACCAGGCAUGUUUUUCUACACCUAGCCGAGAUCUCAAAUUUUAGGGAAGAUAUCCCGGACGACAACGAUUGGCGCGUCUACGAGGUGAUCGUCCGUCAGUUUCUCGCUUGUAACAGUCGGGAUGCCGUCGGUCUGGUGACGCAGGCUACGAUCCGACUGGGCGACGAGAGUUUCACGGCUACCGGCGUCCAGGUCGAAGAUCCCGGUUUUCUAGCAGUCUAUCCGUACGAAACGUGGAGCGAGAAAAGUGCCGGAAAGUACGACGGCGGCGAGACGUUGAAUGGGCCCCAAGUGCAAUUAAUUGAUUGCUUGACGGAACCUCCGCCCUUGUUGACAGAAGCCGAUGUAAUCACCUGGAUGUAUGACUAUGGAAUCGGCACCGAUGCUAACUACAACACGCACAUUGAUAAGCUAAAGAAGCGUGGCUAUGUGCACAGCUACGAGAACGGGCAGCUGCGAGCCAGCAUCCUCGGCCAGUCCCUCAUCGAUGCCUAUACCGCCAUGGAAAACCUCCUUGCCCAUCCGCAGUUGCGCGCCGAGCUGGAGAAGGACCUGCAAGAAAUUAGCAAAGGAACGAAGAGCAAGGACCAGGUGCUGAGAAAACAUUUGCCGGUAUAUCGGCGUCUGUUCCGCCAGACCGAGGCCAAGCUCGGCUGCUUUAAAGUUGAGUUUGACAGACACUACAAGGGCGCCCUGGACCGAGGAGAUUUCUACAAACAGCCGGCCGUCAUGCAGCCACAGCUCUCGCUUCGCCAAGCUCAC